CUGAGGUAAACUGGGAUGAUAACAUUCAGAUUUUUGUACAUCUAUGCAUUCGAAAAGUGUUGUAACAAGUGGUUUACUGUCAUUGAUGACAUGGACAAGCUCUGUAGCUACUUGUUUUAAACGGUGGUGGUGGCGGUUUCCAUCUUAGCUCCAUUAAUGCCAUCAAUAGAGAUUCCUAAUAUGGUUGAUGAGUCUAAAGGACAGCAUGUAGUUGAAAAUAGCAACGGUGUGAGUGGAAAUAACUCAGAUGCUCAUUCUUCCCCCGAAUGUGACGAAAAACCGGCUAAUGGAGGCGGUGAUGUUGUACCGGAUGAUAAUGAUGACGACAGCAGAAAACUUUUUGUCGGUGGUCUUAGCUGGGAAACUAGUGAAAACGAUUUGAAAGAAUACUUUUCCCGUUGGGGCAAAGUUACACAGUGCAUUAUUAAGUUGGACAGGUUCACAGGGAAUUCAAGAGGAUUUGGCUUCGUUACAUUGGAAAGUGAAGACUGUGUGUCCAAAGUUCUUAGCGUUCCUGAACAUUGGCUUAAAAAUAAGAAAAUUGAUCCUAAAAAAGCAAAGCCUUCACGAGAACCUUUGAAAAAAGUUUUUGUCGGAGGCAUUGAUCCUGAGGUAACGGAGGACCAAAUACGAGAGUAUUUCAGUAACUUUGGGAAGGUUGAGUCCUUAGACCUUCCAUACGAUACUCAAAAAGGAAAGAGGAAGCAUUACAUUUUUGUUAGCUUCUCCACAGAAGCAGCUGCUAAGAAGGCAAUUUCAAAGGAGCGUCAAGAGAUAUUUGGGCGGCAGUGUGAUGUAAGAGUCGCGGUAACACGGGAUCAGGCAAGCAGACAGAAAGUAGCCUUAAAACAGUGGUACAAUUGGUUUGAUCCCAGCUAUGCGUACCCAGGUUACACUUACGGGGAGUAUGCAAGUGCUUAUCCUGGUUUCGAUCCUUUUGCUUACAACUAUUAUGGUUACGAUUACUAUGGGACUGCUGCUGCCGCCGCAGCUGCUUCAGGUUAUGGUGCAUAUACCAAUUUAGCAGCUAAUCAAUUCCGUGGUGUUAUUAAUGCCAACAAAGUGAACCAAAAUGUACGCACGCCGAAUGCAGUAACAGCUGGCGGGAAUACUCGUAUGAUUAAUAGCGGUGCAGCGCCUGGUACAAUGGUCGGAAAUCCCCAUCAAAACCAAUCUCAUCCACACUUGAAUUAUACCAGUUUGCUUGCUUCUCAACUAGAUCCCCAUCAUACAGCUAUGCCGGCUGGUUUGGACUUUUCUGUACCACCACAUCCUCAACCUGGUCAAGGAAUGGUCGCUGGAGCAGCGGCAGCAGCCGCCGCCGCCGCAGCUGCUGCUGGUUUUCCCCAUCCACAGUAACAAAAAGUAAUAAUAUCCACAGUGUGUGUUUUUGUAUGGUGUGUCACAAACACCAUAACACAUUCACAAGCCAACUUUCACAUGGAGAAAAAAUAGGUGUACUCAAAUUGACUUGAUGAUGAUGACUACUCUUCUCGCCGCCCCCCUUCGCCCCCAUUAUCUUGAAGCUCUCUCCCAGUCGACUGACUUGUGUGUGCGUGUGUUUCACUCAUGUCAGCGUUGAGGUUCGUGUGAAUACAUACUUUCAUAUAUCUUUCAACCGGUAAAACAGUUUAUAUAUAUAUAUAUAUAUAUA